GUUUUUGACAGUUACUUAUUUUUGUAAGUUUCUCUGCGUUUACAGUAAAAAGUUGUUCUUAACCUCUUACAUGUAAAAAUUAUCAUUACGUUAAAUAUGAAAUUCACUUUAACAGUUCGUUUAUAUUUUAAUUGAAAGAAUUAUUAUAAUAUUUUCGGCGUUUGAUUUAGUUUGAAGAUUUAUCCAAUUAUAAUUUCUGAAGUGGUUUUUGUCUUCUAAAAGUUUCUAAUUUUUUGAAGAAUAUGAGUGUUUUCUUUGAGAAACUGAGAAGAUAAAUUGAUUGAAAUCGAAAAGUGAGAUAACGGAAAGAAGACAAAAUCUAUAAAAGUGAUUUUCCAAAGAGGUUUAUCCUGUUGCCAGACAGCAAUUUUUCUCCAAGACAUCUUUGCAAGGUAAGCACUGGGUGCGUGCAUGCGAUGUAUGGCUGAGGAGGGACCAUGGAGGCUGGCAUCAAGCCCUGCUGCAGGGAUGAAGCAGAGACCAUUGAUUAUGAACUCAGACGGAUCCGUGCGAAUGAUCCUGCCUACAAUUCUUUGUUUAACUAUGCGAAUAAUUACAUCAAAACAUCAAAGUACACCUUCCUGACAUUUGCUCCUCUAAAUCUUUUCGAGCAGUUUCAGAGAUUGGCAAAUUUUUACUUCCUUUGCCUAUUAGUCCUCCAGCUUAUACCUCAAAUAUCAUCAUUAACUCCUAUUACUACAGCUGUGCCUUUGAUUGUUGUAUUGUCCAUUACUGCACUGAAAGAUGCUAUUGAUGAUUUUCAACGUCAUCGCAGUGAUAGUCAAGUGAAUAACCGUCUGUCCCGUGUGCUGAGGGGAGGGAAGCUCAUUGAUGAGCGAUGGCACAAAGUGCAGGUGGGAGACAUUAUCCGCAUGGAAAAUGACCAGUUUGUAGCGGCCGACUUGUUAUUACUGUCAUCUAGUGAACCGAAUGGAUUGUGUUACAUAGAAACAGCGGAAUUAGAUGGCGAAACGAAUUUGAAAUGUCGACAAGCUUUAGUUGAAACGGCUGACUUGGGAGAUGAUAACGUAAAGAUGGGAAAUUUCGAUGGGGAGAUAGUAUGUGAAGCCCCUAACAACAACCUUAGCAAAUUUGAAGGCACCCUCAACUGGAAAGGCAAAAGCCUCAUGCUGGACAACGACAACAUGCUCCUGCGUGGUUGUGUGCUGAGGAAUACCAAGUGGUGCUACGGGGUUGUUAUUUUUGCGGGCAGGGACACCAAACUAAUGCAGAACAGUGGAAAGACCAUUUUUAAGAGAACCAGUUUAGACCGCCUUCUCAAUUUGCUGAUUAUAGGGAUCGUCUUCUUCCUGCUGAGCAUGUGCCUCUUUUGUACGAUCGCGUGUGGCGUGUGGGAGACGGUGACGGGCCAGCAUUUCCGCAUGUACCUCCCAUGGGAUCAACCAGUGCCUACAAACAACGUGACGAGCGGAGCCACUGUCAUUGCCUUGCUCGUCUUCUUUUCGUACGCCAUCGUCCUCAACACUGUAGUACCCAUCUCCCUAUAUGUCAGCGUGGAAGUGAUUCGUUUCUGCCACAGCCUGUGGAUCAACUGGGACGAGAAGAUGUACUACGCCCCUAAAGACGCCCCUGCCCGUGCGCGGACCACCACCCUCAACGAAGAGCUUGGACAAAUAGAGUACAUAUUUUCCGAUAAAACGGGCACUCUCACCCAGAACAUCAUGACCUUCAACAAGUGCUCCAUCAACGGGCGCGUCUACGGAGAAGUGCUCGACGAGGUCACCAGGGAGCCCAUAGAAAUCAGCGAUGAUACCAAAGCUGUAGAUUUUUCUUUGAAUCCUGUCUAUGAACCUGGUUUUAGGUUCUAUGAUAAGAGCCUUUUAGAACAAGUAAGAAAUGGCGACCCACAUGUGCAUGAGUUUUUCAGGAUUUUGGCCUUAUGCCACACUGUUAUGUGUGAUGAAAAAGAUGGACGAUUGGAAUAUCAGGCCCAAUCUCCUGAUGAGGCUGCACUCACCUCUGCAGCCAGAAAUUUCGGCUUUGUCUUUCGGUCUCGCACACCAACUAGCAUAACGAUAGAAGUAAUGGGAACAAUUGAAACCUAUGAUCUGCUUUCCAUCUUUGAUUUCAAUAACGUCCGUAAACGCAUGUCUGUGAUAAUUAGAAAAAAUGGAAAAAUCAAAUUAUAUUCCAAAGGUGCUGAUUCUGUGAUAUUUGAGAGAUUAGGAGCUAGUUCAACUGAUUUAAAGAAUAAAACAUCAGAUCAUUUAAAUAAAUUUGCUAGUGAAGGUUUAAGAACAUUAUGCUUAGCUUCUAAAGAUUUAGAUGAAAAUACUUACAACAGUUGGAACGAAAAAUUUCAUGAAGCAUCUGUUGCCAUGGAGCACCGAGAAGAAAGAAUGAAUGCAUUAUAUGAAGACCUCGAACAGAACAUGACCCUUGUUGGAGCUACUGCUAUUGAAGACAAACUUCAAGAUGGUGUGCCUCAGACGAUCGCCAAUUUAGCAAUAGCUGGUAUCAAACUUUGGGUUCUGACUGGAGACAAACAAGAAACUGCCAUUAACAUUGGUUACUCCUGUCAACUCUUGACCGAUGAAUUAAUCGACAUCUUUGUCGUGGAUGGCAUGAAUUACAAUGAGGUAGAGCAGCAACUGAACAAAUAUCUGGAAACCAUUCGCUUGCAAAGCAGAGUCCAGCCUGAUGCCAUGAUCCAUCCUUACUUGGAUGAUUUGAAUUCCUUGUCUGAGAAUCCUGAAGGAUCUGGUUAUGCCUUAAUUGUUAAUGGGCACAGUUUGGUUUAUGCUUUGCAGUCAUCGAUGGAAACUUUGUUCUUGGAUGUGGCAUCUGCCUGCAAAUCAGUCAUCUGCUGUCGUGUUACACCUUUGCAGAAAGCUUUGGUCGUAGAUUUGGUGAAGAGACAUAAAAAUGCUGUCACUCUUGCCAUUGGAGAUGGGGCCAAUGAUGUGAGCAUGAUCAAAAUGGCCCACAUUGGUGUGGGCAUUAGCGGUCAGGAGGGCAUGCAAGCUGUCUUAGCAAGCGACUUUUCUCUCGCCCAAUUCCGAUACUUAGAACGACUGCUUCUAGUUCAUGGCCGUUGGUCUUACUUUCGCAUGUCCAAGUUUCUUCGCUACUUUUUCUACAAGAAUUUUGCAUUUACUCUCUGCCACUUCUGGUUUGCAUUCUUCUGCGGAUUUUCUGCUCAGACUUUGUAUGACCCUGUAUUCAUCUCCUUCUACAAUGUAUUUUACACUUCGCUGCCUGUUCUUGCGCUCGGAGUUUUCGAUCAGGAUGUGAGCGACAAAAAUUCUCUGCGGUAUCCGAAACUCUAUACCCCCGGCCUCAUGAACCUGCUCUUCAAUAAGAUGAUCUUCCUCAAGUCAGUAGCCCACGGGCUACUCUCAUCCUUCAUCCUGUUCUUUAUUCCUUACGGCGCCUUCAGCUACGCCGUCGAUCCCAACGGUCUCAACAUAGAUGACCACCAGCUCUUCGGAACCACUGUCUCCACUAUCCUCGUCUUGGUCGUCACUGCCCAGAUCGCCAUCGACACUGCCUACUGGACCAAUUUCAACCACGUCGUCAUCUGGGGCAGCGCCUUGUUCUACCUGGGCAUGACCAUUCUCAUCAACAUGAACUUCUUCGGUAAUCCCUACGUCGGCACCUUCCGCAUGACCUUGAGCACGGCCCACUUCUGGUUCACCCUCUUCCUCACCAUAGUCAUCCUCCUGGUGCCCAUCGUGGCCAUCCGCUUCUACUAUGUAGACACCCACCCGACACUUUCGGACAGGGUAAGACUACGACAGAGGCUGUCGCACCUCAGGACGCGGCCAUCCGAGCCCACGCUCAGAAUCUCCAGCGUCCGACGCAGCAGCAGGCGGUCAGUGAGGUCCGGUUACGCCUUCGCCCACCAAGAAGGCUUCGGCAGGCUGAUCAUGAGCGGCAAGAUCAUGAAAAAGAGCAAAUCCAGUAACUUCACGAACAAUCUGCACGCCACGCCCAAGCAGAACCACUGGAAUAGCAGAUCGAACAAUGGUAGAGAUAGGGGGAGUCCUUCGACUGUUGAAGUCUAAUACCCAUCUAAAUUCUACUUUCAUGUUUGCCAAUACUUUUAUUUCUCGUUUGGUGCAAGACUUUUGCCAUAUAAGUGAUCUGAAUGUCAUCAUCAGAGGAUUCCCAGUUUCUUUAAACAUGGUAUAAAAGAAGUACUCGUGGAUUUAAUUUUUAUUUAGUCACACAGUUGUGACAUUUUUUUUAUGAAAGUUUGAAAAUUUUAAAGACUUCUGGAUUGAGGGGGGGGGGGGGGGCAUUUUGUUUCUGAAUUCAUGGUAAUUAAAUUUAGGACUUAAAAGUUUUCUUACCAGUGUGUUGAAAAAUCUUGUCUUCAUAUCAUUUUGAAACUUAUGAAUGAUGUGAAAUUUUAUUUUGCUGAACAAAAAUUGUUUGUGGUUUCUUAAUUCAUAAGAAUUGAAUUUGUCUCUGAAUUUUGGUUUUGACAAUUUUGUCAGCUCUUGCCAAUGUAGUUGAAUGUAUUUGCACUUAAAAAAAAAUUAGUUUAGUUCAUUUUUGCAUAUUGGUUCAUUAUGCUGUGAUGUUAUUUUUGUUUAUUUACUUGUAUCAAGUAAUAAAUUUCUUACAACCUAUAAUUUAUAUUAUCUUAAAGUAGUUUAUAUAUAUCUGAUAAAUUGUGAUUGCUUAAAAUUGUAUCAAAAUGUUCAUUUCUUAAUAAUAAGAAUAUUUCAUAGCCUAAACUGCUUAAAAUAUUAUUUUAUAAUAUGACUUAUGUCAUAAAGUUGGUCUUGGAAUCAUAUAGAUAACUUAUUUCCGAAACGAAUAGAAAUGAAAAUACUGAAAAGUAAAAAUAAUUAUCUCCAAACAAAAAAAAAAUCUAUUUUUAAAUGAAAGAUAUAUAAUUUGAAAAAAGGAUUCUGUUUUGAUCGUCGUUGAUUUUCAUCAGAAAUACUAAAAUUAACUCCGUCUUAUUUCCUUGUUUAAGAAAUCUGGGAAACUUGUUAUAAAAAAGUGCAUCGACUGUUAAGUUUCAGUGAAUUCUUUAAAGGUUGUGUUUCAUUUUUUAAAUCGUAAGACACGAUCUUAUUUACCAUGAAGAAUCCUAUUUAUUUGUAGUAUGGAAAUACCCAUGUGUACUUGCUUACCAUCACAAAAUGUCCAUUUUCAUAUCAUGAGACUUUACUGAUCCAUCAAAAUAAUUGUAUUUCAUGCUUUUUAUGCUAAAGCACUACCUUUUUUUUAUCGUCACUACCAAGCAUAUUGAAUACCAUGUACAAGUUAGUGACCAUGAGCUUCAGGCUUAGAUCUGUGUGCUUUUUGUACUCGUAGGAAUAACAGAGCCUUGAAAAAUGUAUGUUGGCUUAAAAUGUUGCCUUGAGUACUUUUAUAAGUUAAAAAAAACAGAGAGAAACUAUGCAGCCAAUUUUUGGCAGCGGCAACUCUAAAAGUCCUGGUUGUAAAAUCAAAUACAACCCGAGACGCAUUUAUACAGUAUUCCAUUUACGGCCAAGACUUUGUGAAUUUUUAUGUAUUGUACACCUAUUUCACAUUUUAAAACGUUUUUUCGUAAAUGUAUUUUUUCGCCUAUAUUGCUGGAAUUGUGUAUCAGUGUCAUUUGUAUAGUAACUCAUACCAUUGUGCUACAAAGUGUUUUAUGUUUUUUACCUCAAAAAAAAAAAAAAAGAGCAAAUAUUGUACAGAAAAAAAAUUAACUCAAAAAAAAAAUCUUUUGAGAGAACUGGCUUUUGAAUGCACAAUAUAUUUUAGUUAAAAAGUAUAAUUUGUACAUAAUCGUAAAAAAAAAGUUCUUAUUCUGUCAAUGUAGCAAAGUUGUGAGUUAUAAUGGUGAAAGUUACCUUGCUGAUUAAAUAUAGUAGAAACAUUUUAAUGUUAUAAACUGUAAAAAAAUAAAAAUGUUUUCUGAAAGAUGUUUGUUUGCUAUUCUAAAAUUUAAUAUGGGAUUAUUUUAAAAAAUGAAUGUUUUGUGUAAAUAUAAUUUCCAAAAAAAAUAUUAAUAAAAUGUUGUAAUUAUAUCUUGUAAAA